UAAUAUAAUUAGAUGAUACGCUCCGCAACGAUUUUAUGACACACCGUGCAUCAAUUUUAUUGCACACCGUGCACAGAGAACAGGAAAACUAUAUAUCGGACGCCGCUAUCUGCGCAUCUUCUGACCACCUGCCUUCCCUUCUUUCCAAUAAAAGAAAAAUUGGCACUCCAAACCUUUCCCUGUCGGAACCCAACCAACAUCCCCCUUUCUCUCUCUCCAAUGUUGAAGCUAUGGAGAUGGUACCGGAACUGCCUCGCCGUGCAUCCGGUGAAGACCCAGAUGAUCAGCUCCGGGUUCCUCUGGGGUCUGGGAGACAUCGGAGCUCAGACCGUCACCCAUUCGACCCUAAGAAAACAGCAUCAACUCACCGUAAUCUCCGAUCAAGAAAACCCUCCUCAGCAGGAAGAUAAAGAGCUCAAAAUCAAUUGGAAAAGGGUGGCUAUCACAAGUACGUUUGGAUUUGCAUAUGAUGGACCAGUUGGCCACUACUGGUAUGAAUACUUGGACUAUUACAUUCGAGUCCGACUUCAACUGCAACCUAAAUCCUUUAAAUUUGUUACUGCAAAGGUUGCUGCAGAUGGGCUUCUCUGUGGGCCUUUGGAUUUACUUAUCUUUUUCUCAUACAUGGGUUUUGCCUCUGGGAAGAGCAUGGACCAAGUGAAGGAAGAUGUGAAGAAGGAUUUCCUUCCGGCUCUUCUUGUUGAGGCAGGAGUUUGGCCAUUCGUCCAAGUUGCAAACUUCAGAUUUGUUCCAGUGAGAUACCAACUUCUUUAUGUAAAUUUCUUUUGCCUGCUUGAUAGCACCUUCCUGUCUUGGAUCGAACAACAAGCUGAUGCUCCAUGGAAGAAGUGGUUUGCACCAAUAGUUACCCUGGAAGAUCAGAAAGGUCAGGCUUGAUAUCUUACCUUCAGAUAAAUUCAACAGUAGAUUUCAGCUAUUCGGACAGUUGCAUUUGAGGGUCUUGGAAACUGGACUAGUGUUCUGCGUUAUAGAGUUUUGGGGCCGGGAACCUGAUGCUUUUGACCCGAAGGUCUCCCUUCAGUUGCCUUGAGGCCAGUCCUCAAAGGAAGCUGUUGAAGUGCCCACUGUUGUAUUAUUAUCCAUUACUUUUGGGAUGAUCAAGCUGUAAGUGCUACCAAUCACAGUCAAUUACUGGCUUUUUAGCCGUUACCUGAAUUUUUUGGUAUUCACAGAUGGAUUCAAAGAG